AUGGCAGGGCGCGGCUCAUCCGAGGGUACACCGCAGGAUGCCGCUCUGCGCCAGGAGCUCACGGCGGCGCACCAGCAGCUUGGGGUGCAGCAAAACAUCACCAACCAGCCCGUGUACGCGGUUAAUCAGCGCAUGUGGUUUCAGCAGCGACAUGAUAAGCGGAAGGCCCCUUCGGCCUCUGGGUCGAUGCUGGGUACACCGCUCGUGCCGGAGUCGGACGCCACCAUGGAAGGCGCAGAGCUCCCACCGGAUCCGUUUGCCACCCCACAGGCUACACCGCCGGAAGCCGGACAGGGCGCGACGUUAUUCCAGCCAUUUCCAGUGGACGAGCCAACAACGUAUUCCUUGACAGCGUGGCUCUCCGGAACGGUUAACACGCGCAGCGACGUGCUCAAGACCAUUCGGGCCUACCACCACGGAGUAAUCCGCCUGGAGCUUUUCCACUAUAUCACCCAGGUGGAGAAUGUGGUUAAAACGCUCGACGACCGCAUCGCCACCAACCAGGAGAAUUUGCGCUGGCUGGCUUCUGACAACCGCGCGCAGCAGAAGUGCGAAUGUGGUCUCAUGGCUAUUUUGAGCGGUUGGGACCAGAGCAUGCCCCCUGGAGAGCGGCUUUUCAUGGUCAACUGGAUGCUCGGCCAAGUCACAUAUGUGCGCCACUUUCUCCAGCAGCGCAGCUACAACGCCACGGACAGCGCAGAGCUUUACUACCUUGUGCAGACUGACCCGAGUACACCGCACAGAUGA